AUGGGAUCCACAAGACUGUACACCAAGGGCCGCGUCCUCGGCCACAAGCGCGCCAAGCGCAACACCCGCCCCAACACUUCCCUCCUCCAGAUUGAGGGUGUCGCCACGAAGGAGGAUGCGCAGUUCUACCUUGGCAAGCGCGUCGCAUACGUUUACCGCGCAAAGCGUGCGAUCCAGGGCUCGAAGGUUCGCGUGAUCUGGGGCCGCGUUACCCGCCCGCACGGCAACUCUGGUGUCGUAAAAGGGAAGUUCUCCUCGAACUUGCCCCCACACGCGUUUGGCGCGAGCGUCCGGGUGAUGCUUUACCCCUCCAACAUCUAA